CGUGAUGAACGAUGCGUUUUACAUUAGGCUAAUGGCGACUUCCAUUGAGCAGCUGAUCUUUCGUCUCCUUCCUUGCGUGAUACCAGUAACCGAUCAAUCAUCUUUAAUCCCUCCCCCUCCCAUUAAUCAAUCAACCAUGAUGUAGAUUCAACGCGAUAUUUUUGUUGUGCAAGGCGGUGGAAUCUACUAAAAGAAGACCGGCCGCUCCUCUUCCACCGUUGAAGUCUGCUUGUUCCGCUUCUGGGAGGUCGGAAAUGUCCGCCGUGGUGGAGAAUUCAUGGGCGUCGACUUGCUCUUGCUUGAUUCUAAGGCACCUUUGAUAGUAGCCAUUCUCUUCUUCGCCUUCACCGUCAAUCAUCGCCACUUCUCUGACCGACUUAUUCGCACUGUUGGAUCCUUUGCAGCUUUGGGACAACAUCGAAUGCAUCUGGCUCUCCUGCAUGUAAUCUAAUGGUUGAUGUGUACUUCAGUUCCAUUGCAUAUAACUGAGAUCCACUUUCCUCUCGAUUUAAGAGAGUUCAGAGUCAUGGCGACCCUAAAGCCUCACGAAGUCAAAGGAGUCUCUUGGCUUAUACACAAAUAUAUUCUUGGCGUAAAUGUCGUUCUCGAUGAGAUUGGGGCAGGCUCCACAAGCAAUUUCUUUCUUGAGCUAUCUGAAGUUUCAUCAAGGAUUGCGAGGACCAUUUCUUGUGCUUUGUCCUUUGAGCGUAACAGAUGGUUUGGUGUCAAGGAAGGUCCUGAGAGACAACAUCCAAGGAAUCACCAAGCCUGCGAUCAGGCGUCUCGCUUGCAGAGGAGGAGUGAAGAGGAUCAGCGGGUUGAUCUACGAAGAGACGAGAGGGGUUUUGAAGAUCUUUCUCGAGAACGUGAUUAGAGACGCCGUGACUUACACGGAGCAAGCGAGGAGGAAGACGGUUACGGCGAUGGAUGUUGUUUACGCUUUGAAGAGGCAAGGUUGCACUCUUUAUGGGUUCGGCCGGUUUUAGAUAAACAGGUUCACUCCAAAACUUGAAGUUCUUAGGUAUAAUGGUGAUAAGGAUUGCCGUAGGUAUUUGUGUAAGGUAAUGUAUGAUCAUGUCAACAAGAGCUCUGAGGGGAGAGUUAAAGUUUUUUGUUUUCUCUAGAACUUGGGUUUAUUUACAGACAGAACUCUGUAACCUGUAAUUCUUUUUGAAUUUAUGCAAAAGUUAACCCGUGGAA